UGGAAAAAAAUCCAACCAUUUCCAAUUCAGCUCCAAUGUCAUCUGUUGAAAAUCAACAACAAAUCAAUGAUCGUAAACAAUUGUUUAUUAAUUUUCGUCUCAAACUUUAUAAAUAUGCAUUGUGUAAAAAUAAUGAAGAAGCUUUUGUGGAUAAAUCAGAGGCAAAAUGUUUUGAAAAAUAUGAAUUAUUACGUAAGAUGCAAUCGAUUGAAAAUAAACAAAAACGUAACGAUAUUGUGAAGAAACCAUUUUUCGUUGUUGAAAAAUGUGUUCAAGAUAAAUUUAAAGAAAACAAUAAGAAUUUUCUCACAAAAUGGCAUGAAUCUAUUUGUCGAACUAAUUUAUCGACUAUUGCCAAGAAUUCAAAUCCAUCAACUGAUGAACAAAUGAUGUCAAUAUUCGACGUUGAAAAUCAUGAUCCGGUAAAGAAUUUCGAUGAACAAUCAUCCAUCAAUCAUGAUGAACAAUUGCAAAUCAAACCUGAACAAAUUUGGAUUGGUAAACAAGUGGAAAUAUCUGAUUAUAAAUCAGUUUCAAAUGAAUUUGAUAAAAUGAAUUCCACCACGAAGAAUGAUGAUAAUUCAUUUCAAAAUGUGCUUCCUAAUUGCAAAAUUCCAAAAGAUUCGGAAACAAAAACUGAAACCAAAUUUGUUCAUGAUGAAAACAAUAAUCAAAUCAAUGGCAACGUAUCAAUAAAAUCCGAAUCACUUAUGGAAUAUAUCAUCGAUGAAAAUCACAAUUAUUAUAAAAAGGAAGAAAAUGAAAUAAAUGAUGAUUAUUUGGAUUUUGAUGACUACGAUGAUUAUGAUGAUGAAAAUGAAAACAUAGAGAAUUUGAAUACGAUGACACCAAUUGAAAAACGUUGUCAAGAAUUGUUGGAUAUGAACAGUGGAGAAAGUUUAAAACAGAUAAAAUUCUGUCUAAGCAAAUUGAAAUUGAAAUUAAUUCAAAAUUCACCACGACUUAUGUAUUAUUUUAUCAUCAUUGUAUUUCAAUUUGAUCAAAAUUAUGAUUAUGUUAUUGAAUUAUGUAGAAUGACAAAAAUGCCAUUAAAAUUUCAUCGUAAAUUACAACAAAUUUGGGACCAUUCAUGUGAACAAUUGGAAAUACGGCGAAAAGGUGUCCUGAAAUUGACCUGUGUACAAAGAUUUCGUUUGAAACAACGAAAUCCUUAUCCAGAAACAAUUACCAUUGGUGAUCGAGUUAAAUAUGGUAUACCAUUGAAAUUUAAAAAGAUGUUAAUCAAUUAUUAUGAUAAAGUGAAUAAACAUCCAUCGCCUUUGGAUAAAGAAAAAUUGGCUGAAAAAACUAGAUUAACGGUUAAACAAGUUUCGACAUUUUUUAAAAAUCGACGCAAUCGAAUUGGAUGA